UCUUUCCUUCUAUCUCUCUCUUCUCUCUUCUCUCUUCUCUCUCUCACACACACAGAUGUGGAUCUUAUCAGCUUAAUCCUUCUUCCGGUUGGUUCAUCAUCGAUCGAUCUGAAUUCAGAAUUCAUUCAAUCUCACUGAAGAUCCAGUCUUUUUUGUCCUGUAUCAGCUUCGAUGGCGUCUGGAAAUUCAUCGCAUCGUCAAUUCCUUCAUCCUCGUGAAUUCUUAGGACCUCAAGUCGACCUACAUUUGCAAGCACCAUUCUCUGUUCCCCAACCAACUGCGGAAGAUCAUUCAUCGGAUUCGAACAAGGAACUAUCUCCCGAGAAAACUCAUCCGAUCACUCGUCGCUCUCGCGGUCGUCCAGCCGGGUCGAAAAACAAACCGACUCCUCCAACCGUGAUCACACGCGACAACCCCAACUCUCUCCGUGCCCAUAUUCUCGAAGUCUCGAUCGGGAACGAUAUCAUCGAGAGCUUAUUGAGUUACGCUCAAAAGAGAGGCAGGGGAGUUUCCAUAAUCGGAGGGAACGGUUCGGUUUCGAACGUUACUCUCAGGCAGACGGCCGUGGGGCCGAAUGCCGGAGGCGUAGUGAGUCUUCAAGGAAGAUUCGAGUUGUUGUCACUCAAGGGAACGGUUCUUCCGCCUCCGGCUCCUCCGGGAGCCGGUGGCCUCUCGGUGUUUCUAGCCGGAGGACAGGGGCAGGUGGUGGGAGGGAUAGUUAUGGGACCGUUGAUCGCGGCUAGUACGGUUGUGCUCAUGGCGGCUUCUUUUGCGAAUGCGGUUUUCGAAAGGUUGAGUCUUGAUCCGGAGGAGGAGGUUCAGCCGGACGAGUCGUCUGGAGUUACCACCGGAGGUGGUGGAGGUGGAGGUAGUUUGUUCAAUGUUCCUAACUACUUUUCCGGUGAUCAUCAGUUAUCUGGAUGGGGAGGUAACGGCGCUGCAAGGCCUUCUUUCUAGCUUAUGAAUUUCAUGGUAUUAUUAUAUAUUAAUACUCAAUAACUUUCUCCAAUGUUGUUUAAUUUCAUGCAAAUAUACAUAGGUUUUAUUUGUUUAUUACUUUAAUUAUCUCUUCUCUUUGGUUUUCUUGAUUACUAUAUAUAUAGAGAGAUU